AUGACAUUUAAGCUAAGACUUGGAGGUCCUUUUUUGCUCAGUAGCUUAUCCUUUUGUGACUCAAACAGGAGAAAGAAAUCUCUUGUUGGUUCACUCUUUAACAGUGGAUUUAGUGCUCAAGGAGAAGCUGAAGACAGGUCGAGAGAACCUCAGGAUGCCAACAGUUUAGAGUUAAAAGACACCCCAGCAGUUACUAAAAAGCAAUCAAUUAACAAAGGACGAACUGAUGGUUAUUUUUUGACCAAUACAGAUUUAGUGUUGGAGGGACUCAUGGGAAAGAUUUUUAAACUAUGUUUGAUUCUUAAAGGAUCUGUGUUAUCUUCAACAGAAAUCAAUUUAAACAUUUUAGUGAAGAGCAGACAGCUGAACAUAGGCACCAACAUAGGCAGAGGGGCUGGAUUUAGUAGCAGUGCCUCUGGAAAUUUAGCAUUUGGUUUGGGGACAUCUGGUCAAAAGGGAUUGGAAGUCAGUAGAGUUGAUUGGAGUGAAAUUAGCAGUAAAGGAUCUGCUGGGGGUGAAUCCAUAGUAUUUUCAUCAGUUGGAACAGGGUGUUUUGGCUGGGAACUUGGAGCUAGAAGGGGCAAUGCUGCAUUUGGUUUUAGAGCUUCUGGUUUGAGUUCAUUUGGUGACAGCAGCUUUAGUACCAGAACAGUUGAAGGAAAUUGAGUGAUUAGAUCUGAAGGAUCCAUUUCCAAUGAUCUAGGUGACACCAGUCUGAGAAUUGGGAAUACCUUUGUUGGUGAUAGUUCUGGAAAUUUGGAAUCCAGUUUAGGGGCUUUUGGUCAACAGGGAUUUGGAAUCAAUGAACUUGGAGGGGAUAGAAUGAGUGGCAGUGCAUCUGUUGGGGCUGGAUUUAAAGGCCUUGGAUCUGAUGUCAGUAGCUCAGGUGACACCAAUUUGAGAAAUGGUAAUACCUUUUUUGGUGAUAGCUCUGGAAACUUAGAAUCCAAAUUAGGGGCUUUUGGUCAACAGGGAUUUGGAAUCAAUGAACUUGGAGGGGAUAGAAUGAGUGGCAGUACAUCUGUUAGGGGUGUCACAAGCUCAUCUGACUACAGUACUUCUGGACUACUCAGCACUCCAGGAAAAGGAACCCAUAUUCCAGAAGCAACCCCCAAAUACUCAGAAACAAACACAACUAUUGGUGAAGUUUCUACUUGGGGCAAAGGAGCAUAUAAAGCUUUCAACGGCCGUGUAUUUUCCUUUGAGUCUUCAUGCACGUAUAGUUUCUGCCGUCACUGUGUUGAAUCUGGAGGAGAAUUCAAUAUUGAGAUCAAACGAAACAAUGAUAGUGAGAUUGAAAAAAUAACAGUUAUAGUAGACAGUAAUGUCAUCUCUAUUGUUGGCAAUAUCAUUUUAGUUAAUGGAGAAAGCCUCAAAGAUUUAUUCAUUGUUCCUUACAAGUCUUUCCAAAAUCAGAUGAAAGCCAUUGUGUCUCUUCUUCUGAAAUGA